GCGCGGCUGCCUGUGAACCUCAGUCAUAAGGUCCGUUUGACAGUUCAGAGUCCGAAUGACCAACUUCAACUUAUUCACCAUUUUUAGUACAAGGCACACCUGAUGCUUAGCCUCUUCUUUACAGACAUCCUUAAAUCAUAGGACCUUUGAUGCUCUAUGUCAUAGUUAAUGGCAUAUAGUAAAAGGUCCUUAUGCUUCAUAUGGUUCUAGGCUUCUAGCUCUAAGUUAGAGCUUACAACCUUUGCCUUAUGCUACAAGUUAAACCUUACCCAGGUACAUGUAGCUUAGGCAUUCAUCUUAAACGUUUCUUCUUUUAAUAUAUAUACCUUACUCUUCCUAUGCAGUCGGCUUGAUUAUGAUUAAGGAAGAGACACAGGCCCUAUUAAACUACACUACUCGAUAUACCCAUGAGCCUAUACGAUGCCACCAAACCUCUUCUCCCGCCUCGUACCGUCCGGCGACGAUAGACCCUUGUACGAUCGGCUUAGAAACGGUCAAGAUGACGAUGUCGAAAGUAGAGCUGGCCUCGACCUAGACGAAGAGAACCUAGCCCAACAUUUCCAACACGACGACCUCGACCAUGCCGGUGGUCCUAGUCUCGACGAUAGCCACAUCUCCGCACCACGCAGCCCUGUCGCAGCCGCAAGUAGAGCUCGUCGUACCGCUGCAAGAGUAAACCCGCACGAUGCGAGAUCGCGGUGGCUUACGCAAGAGGAUGAUAUGGAUAAUGACGUUCCCGCCUCUCUCCUGGUAGAAGGUCCCGAUGCCACCACAUCUAAGCCAAACCAAUACAGGACAAGCCCCCAACGAGCACGGAACUCUACCAGACGCCACUCUUCAAACCGGAGGAUACAAGCGCAGUGGGAAACUGCGCAGGCGCAUCAGAGACUACAUCAAGACGAAGAAUAUGGUCCGUCGACUAGCGAGCAGCCCCAGAGAGGUGGCACUGUGAGGGGUCCGGGAUUCGCAGGCAGCCCUAAAGACAAGGCCAUGUUUAGAUGGGCUAACGUCUCCAAUCUAGACGUCUUCAUCAGGGAUGUCUACGACUAUUACCUAGGAGCGGGAAUGUGGUGCAUCCUGCUCGACAGGGUCCUGCAUUUAUUGAAGGUUAUCUUCGUUGCGACUUUACUCACGCUGUUAUCGCAGUGUAUAGAUUACAGUAAGAUCCGCGACAGUAAGAGCUUGUCGCAGAUCAUGAUUCCCCAGUGCACGAAGCACAUGUGGGGAAUAUGGAACUUGAGUCUCUGGGUUUGCAGUUUUUACUUUGUCUGGAAGAGCAUCCAGUGGAUUCUUGACAUACCGCGUUUGAUGCACAUACGUGAUUUCUUCCUCUACCUUCUAGAAAUCCCCGAGGAAGACAUGCAAACCGUCUCGUGGCAGGAUGUUGUGGCCAAGAUCACCGCCCUUCGCGACGAGAAUGUGAAGACAGCUACCAAUAUAACACCAUCGCAACGUCGUUUCUUGUCUAAGCAGCUGGGACAGCACAUAGCAAGCCAAUCGAAAGAAAGGCUCGAUGCUCACGAUAUUGCAAACAGGCUAAUGAGAAGAGAGAACUAUAUCAUUGCUCUCUUCAACAAGGACAUAUUAGAUCUCACAGCCCCGGUUCCAUUUCUACGAAAUCGGCAACUAUUCUCCAAAUCUCUAGAGUGGACGGUUCAGUUCGGAGUUUUAGACUUGGUUUUCAACGAGAGUGGCCAGGUUCAUCAACGAGUCCUCAAAUCCGAUCAUCGUGGACAUCUUAGCAGGGAAAUGCAGACGAGAUUUGCAUUUGCGGCAGUGAUGAACCUCAUAUUCGCUCCGUUUGUAGCCUCUGCCCUCCUUGUCGACUUCAUCUUCACGUACUACAAUGAAUUCAAAACCAAUACCUCAUCUCUAGGAGCGAGGCAAUAUACACCGCUUGCCAGGUGGAAGUUCCGCGAGUUCAACGAGCUACCACACCUGUUCGAGGAACGCUUAAACAUGUCGUAUCCUUACGCGAAACAUUACAUAGAUCAGUUUCCAAAGAAGAAGACAGAAUCAGCGGCCCGAACGAUUCAGUUCUUUUCUGGUGCGCUUAUUGCCGUUUUGGCCAUCGUGGGCUUUUCCGACCCCGAGAUGUUUGUCGACUUUGAACUGUUCCCGGGAAUGAAUACGUUCGCCUUCGUUGCGCUUCUAACAACGACAUGGGCUGUCGCUCGAGGGAUGAUAUCCGAGGAGAACGACGUGUUCGAUCCCGAAUUUGCGAUGCAAAGCGUCAUAGAGUACACACAUUACCAACCAGAUCAGUGGAAAGGUAGACUCCACAGCUACGAGGUCAAAGCUGAGUUUUCUGAACUUUACAAGUCCAGAAUCAUCAUCUUCCUCGAGGAAAUCACCAGUGUCCUAGUAACACCCUUGGUGCUCUUCUUCAGCCUGCCAAAGUGCAGCGAUCAGAUCAUCGAUUUCUUCCGCGAAUUUACAAUACACGUCGACGGGCUAGGCUACGUGUGCUCGUUCGCCGUAUUCGACUUCCAGAAAGACCAGCGCACGACGAAGCAGCCGCCUGGUAAUAUAAAUGAUGCCAGGGAGGACUAUUACGCUACCAAACACGGGAAGAUGCAGGCUUCCGUCCACGGCUUCCUGGAUAACUACGUCUACCACCCUAGGACCGGUCUUCCCGGAAAUCACGCCGUGGGCCCAGUCGGACGUCACCAAUUCCACCCUCCACCGGCCUUCCCAGGCCUCAUGUCGCCUACCCUGGCCGCGGACAUGCACUCCUCGCGCAUCGGACCUAGCGAACGAGCUAGAAGUCGAGCACCAAUCCCGGGCAGGACACCACGAUUCGGCCCAGCCGUCGCGCCCUCGCCAAUGGCCUCCAUGCUACUCGAUGCGCACCACCAACCCUCCGCCUCAUUCAUCGCGCCCCGGACUACUCCGCAACGUACGCGCCAGCAGCGCGGCCUGCCUUCCGGCGACACGAAUAUCAUCGAGGAAUCGACCGAAGAUGGGCCCUCGCGAAGCGUUAUCCGUCGACAUGACACGGCGUAUACAGACGACGGUGAUGUCGAAGAAAGCGUGGCGCGGUUAGGAGAGUCUACGUGGGAGGGCUCGCCUAGGCACGGGCUGAGUCGCGAGGGUAGUAAUGCUACCGAUGGCGAUGAUGGCCCGGGCGUGGUGACGAUGCUGAAGCAGUUCCAGCAGGCGCAUUUGGAUCGGCGGGGGGUUAUGUGAUGGACUAGCAAGUUAGGUUGGGGGUUUGGGUCUAAAAGUGGUUCUGCUGGUGUUUUCUUGCUUGUUUAGCAUACAUACCGUGUUUGCAUAAGAGAGUUAGUUAGCAAAGGCAAACUAACAUAACAUAACUACACGAUGGGCUGAGGAAACGGACGUGGAGUUUGGGCCGUGUUUUUGUUUUUUGUUAGGGCAUUGGUAAUAUUAUUAGCAAUGUCAUUGGCAUAGGUGCAGACAGUAUCAGUAUUAGUGCCGGUGCUAAUCUCAAACUAUGAAAUAGAUGAUCACAUUACUAUUAAGCUUGAAGUACUUUUGGUUAGCUCCAACACUGUUUGGGAUAAACAAAUGUUACCCAAGUAUGUUGACCUUAGGUCCGUUAAAACAUACAUUUCAGUCUUAUCCCCUC